UAUGGCAACGCAGCAAACCGGCGCCGGCCGUGUCGGACAUGGCGGCCAGCGAUCCGGCCUUCCUGGCGAGAUUAGGCGAACUGCAGCGGCAACUGCACGGCAGUGAGCAACAAAGACUGGACCUGGAGCAGAGCCUUUUGAAAUGUAGGAAGUCAAGUCAGUGGAUGCUAAAAAGAGCCAGGCUGAAAAGUUACUUGAACGAAUUACAUGAACGGGAGAGGAAAGCUCGGCUUCGUAACUGUCAAUUGCUCAAGGAUUUUGAAAACAUUGAAGCCCAGGUUGCAGCAUUAACGUCAGGUUCAGACAUGCUGAAGCAAAUGAAGACAGAGUAUGAAAAACAGAUUGAAAAGUUAAUGCCAGUUUGGAGCGAGAACCUGAAACUACAAAGGAAGGAGAAGGAAGUCACUAUAGAGCAAACAGGGAACUCAUCAAGACUAAAGGAUACAGAUGUCGGAAAACAUAUGUCAAAAGGAUUAUCCACAACUUUUGUUAUGGACCAACAAGCAUCACGGACCUCAAAUAGAACAUGUUUGAGUUCACAAGAAAAAUGUCAACAGCAUGUGGAGAGCUUUAUGUCUUCCCAGCCAUGCAAGCAGGCAGCAUCAAUGACAGCAACACACAGUAAUUCUGUGAUGGACAACUUGAAGCCACCCAUGUCAAGCAAGGAAAACCAAGACUUCCACACUGUUUCUGACAUAAUAGAAAGAGAGACAGGACUCCAAACAAGUGAAGUAAUGCCAUUCACUCCCAUAAUCUCUUCAAGAAAUGAAAGACAUCGCUAUGAAGGGAUAGAAUGUAAUAGGUGUAUUAGAGCAAAUGGUUCAGCUGGCAGUCAGGAAUUACCUACACCUGUGACUCAGCUAGAGUCCAUUAAAGAAGAGUUGACACAAACCACUGUACUGGAUGAUUUUAAGAAUCGCCUGACAGGUGAAGAGAAUAGUCACAAAAACAUUAUUGUAGGUGAUCAAGCACCUGAGCAGUUUCAGAGGCAAUUCAUGGACCUGCUUCAAGAUGAUGCGUGUUCAGGAGGUUCCAGCAUGAACAUAAAAGAAAACAACAUUUUUCAAUCGGACAACAAUAAGACUCCACACCAGCAGGAUGUUGAUAACACUAUUGAUAAAGGAAGCAAGUUGAAACAAGGAAAAGAAAUGAAAACCAGGAAAAAGAGAAAUAUGUCAAAGAACAUGUCUAAGGUUGAAGAUAGCUAUGAGACAUUCAUGAAUACCGUGAGUUCCCUGAAUCAAAAGAAAGAUGCAGGGGAGACUCCGAGGCCAAGCCAGGAUGUGCAGAGACUGGCUGAUGAAAUGUGUGAUUCAGAAAGUGACCUUAGUCUUUCUGUUAAUGGUGAAGAAUUGAAGUUGAUGGAACCCUUUGAAAACCCGUGCAAUCCCAUUCUACUUCGUAAGACAACUUUCAAUGAUGAUGCGGCAAGGGGCAGUGAGUCAGCCCUUACCAAAGAUAAAAGCUUUACUAUUUUUAAAGAAGAAAAUGUUGCACCUUUAGUAAAUCAGCCAGGUAAAAAAGACCAUGGUGGACCUGUAGUAGCUGACCUUCAUGGAGAACUACACGAGUAUGCAACUGAAUCUCAACAGAAUGACACCCGCCUUUCAUUGGAAGGAUUUUUCCACUUACUUCAAACAAUAGAAGACGGUGUUAGUGAAACAGUGGCUAAUUAUUCACAGCCUAUUACCAUAAGUAAUGAGAAACUGCAAGAAAUCACAAGUACUUGUAAUAAGAAAGGCAGUGUGAGCAGAGAAAACCUUGAUGUCUGUGGAGCAGUUGUUCUUCACCAGCUCAAGGGUUUGUCACAAAGUACUUCAACUGGUUGUCUGCUGACUGAAGAAAUUUUGAAUAAGGAGUGGAAAGCAACUGAUGCAAUCAAUUAUAGAUUGUCAGAUUUGCCUGCUGACUCUGCCACGUUGUGGGACCGCUGGUAUUUGCACGUUCUUUCGAUGUUGGAACAUCAGGUGCUGACCACAGAUGAGGCUGCAGAAAUGUUUGGACCGUUAUUGGUCGCAGAAAGCAGUAACAACUCCAAAAAGGCAACAGCAUUAUUGAAGAAGAUCCUUCCAAAAGAAAUUGAAAAACAAUCUUUUCCAAGUGAUGACUCAUCUUGCAGCUUGCCAUCCAUUUUCAACGAUGUAGAAAUUAAACCAGAAAUUCCAGUGCCGUGCUUUGACUUAAAAAGUACCAAGCAGCAAGAAACAAGAGCUUAUCAACUGUUAAAGCUAUCAGCAAUGCAGAAGAAUGAGGAGGUUUCAGAUUUACAUUCAGCAGGUUUGAGCAAGCAGAAGCAGAAGGUAAAAAAUGAUAAUAAAGUUGAGGUUAAUUUUGAAACUGGCUCAAGUGAAGAAAGUCCACAGUUAAGGGACAGAAGCAAAAAAGAGAGGAUUAAUCCUGCAAAAUCAAAAGCUUUUUGGGGUGAAUCUGAUGACAGUGCAUCUGAUAUUGAAGCAAUUCUUCAUCCUAAGACAUCAGAAUUAUUUGAGGACAGAGAUGAUUUUGAAGAUUUCUUUUAACAGCAAAAAUUAACCAUUCAAUUGACAAGGCAUUAUAAUGUACCCAGGCCUGAAUUGGAGAUGUUCAGUUAGUGAUAAAUGUAUCUCACAAGUUGUCAUAGAAAUUCAAUACAAUUGCCUUCUCAUUUGUUUCUUGCAUUCAAUCAUUGCUUCAAAAAUAAAGAAAAUGGGAAUCAAAGUGAACCUUUCGGUGUUUUGCAUUACAACAGUGGCUAAGAUUUCUUGGGAUGAGGCCAUUCCUAACAGCAUACAGACUGUGAUGGAAAUUUGCCCUGAUCCUAUCAAUCUGUUAGAGGAUAAUUUGUUAUAAUUGUGCUCAUUAUUCACAAGGUAUGUGUCCCCUUGUAGCACUUAAUAAAUAUUUUCUUUAUUUAAACAUUAAUGUUUUCUACUCUAGUAGGGGCAUAUUAAAUUCUAGAAGUUAUAAAUAUGUUGAUUAAUGCAUACUGUAAAUCUUAAAAGCACAAUUACAAUGUAUAGUUUUUAAUAUAAAUUGCAUGCAGAAACUCGACUCUUUUUAAUGGGCAACAGAACAUAGCAACAUAUUUCUUUCACAUGCAACACAUAGUCAAAUGUACUUGCAACUUUCCUCAACAUGUCUAAGUAUCUUUAUAUUAAAAAUUCGCUCUGAGCACACUCGGUAAUAUUUUGUAAAACACAAAACUGGUACAUAAAGACAGGAGAGAUUUGUAGGCAUUGACUUCUUUAAUAUUUUCUUUUUCACCCAAUUCCAACUGACUGAACUUGAGACCAAAUUAAGUACUGUUCAGUUAAUCAUUGUUGAAUAUGAAAAUUUUGGAACCAUUCUAUGUAUAGCAGAGUUCCACAAAUAGUAACAGGAUAAUGAACCAAUAACCCAUUUUAAUUAUGCUAAUUAAGGGCUAAAUAUUAGCAGAGGGAGGAGCAUUUCUGCUUUAGUCUUUCAUUGAUGUUAAUAGGGUCCUACUGAACAUUGAAAUGUAAUUCCAAAAUAUAGCAAGAUACCUUGUCUACCUCACUCUUACUUAUAUUAAUAUAAGUGUUUGUGUGUGUGCUGUGCGAUAAUGAAGUGACCCUAUGAACAGUUUGCAUAAUACAUAAAACACAUUGAUUAGAAGAAAACAAAAAGGUCACUGUCUAUUGUUGAGAAAAAGAGACUUUGCUGAAAUUUGAACACAAUUGUGUAUCGAACAGGAUGUUCUUAGAACAUAUCACCAAUAAAGACCAAUUUUCUUCUUA